AUGGAAAGUAAAGUCGAUAUUUAAAAAGUAUUACAAUAUUAGUAUACACCCUAUGACGUGGCACUUACAAACAAUGAGGUCAUUUUGUAUGCCUUGUCAAUUGGUUUCUCCCAAGACCCACUAAACAAAGAUCAUCUUAAUUUCACCUAUGAAAAUGAAGAAAACUUCUAAUCAUUCAUUACAAUGGCUUCAAUAAUUGCUCAUAAAAAUUCUGGAGAAUUAAUGGGAGUCGAAGGGAUGCCUGCGUUUAACCCUAUGAUGCUACUGUAUGGAGAGGAAAAUAUUGAAAUUAUUAAACCAAUGACUGUUGAUACUAAACUUAGAGUGGAGGAAAGAAUUACUGGCAUUUCUGAUAAAGGAAAACUCGCUACAAUAACUGAGGAGGCAUUAAUUAAAAACUCAUCUAAUGGAGAGGUGCUUGCUAAGAUUGUAAGAAAACUUAUCCUAAGAGGUGCUGGUGGAUUUGGAGGAAAAGGAGGAGCAAAGGAUAUCAAGUAUCCAGAUAUUCCAAAAAGAGCUCCUGACGCGAUUAUAGAGGACAGAACUCAACCUAAUUAAGCUAUUCUUUACAGAUUAAAUGGUGAUAUAAAUCCGUUGCAUAUCAAUAAAGAUAUGGCAGCGAUGGGUGGUUUUGAUUAGCCUAUUCUUCAUGGACUUUGUUCUUUUGGAUUCACUGCUAGACUAAUUUAUCAAAAGUAUUCGAGCGGCAAUCCUUAAGGUUUAGUGAAAUUCUCAAGUAGAUUUGUUAGCCACGUUUUUCCGGGAGAAACAUUAGUAGUUGAAUCUUGGAAGGAUGGAAAUAUUAUCAUUUUCCAAACUAAAACGAAAGAGAGAGGACUGGUUUGCCUUAGAGGAUUUGCUGAACUUAAGGAGUCUCCAAAGCUCUGA